AAGAUGAUUUUGACUUCAGCUGAAGAUCUACCUGAAAGUAGUCAAGAAAAGAGAUUAAACACGAACGUAGUUCUUCCUAGACGAUUUAGACAAUAAAAUAAAUCUAAAAUAAAACGUCUUCAUAUAAAAUAAAAUGGCUCUUCACGCAUCUCCCUUCCAGCUUUUUUACUUUCUCGUAGAAUGGUUUGUGCUACAAGUCCUCCGUUUGUUUCAGGGUCCGUCUCCGAGAACGGAAGAAUCUGUACAAGGAAAAGUUGUUGUAAUCACAGGAGCUAAUUCGGGAUUGGGCAAAUAUGUCGCGGACGAAAUGGCCAAGCGGGGGGCCACAGUUGUAAUGGCAUGUCGCAAUAUGGUCGAAGGACAGAAGGCUUUAGAGGAAAUUAAAAGAAAUAGCGGAUCAACGACCGUUGAGUUGUCCGAGUUGGAUUUGUCUGAUGUUUCUUCCAUUCGGAAGUGUGCGGCAUCACUAAAAUCGAAAUACCCUACAAUUGACAUUUUAAUUAACAAUGCUGGAAUAUCCCUCGAUUGUGCAGAGCGUAGGUUCACUAAAGAUGGUUUCGAACUUCAUCUUGGGACAAAUCAUCUUGGCCAUUUCUUACUUACAAACUUGCUGCUGGAUAAUAUUAAGAAGGCUUCAAGCGGAAGGAUAAUAACAGUGUCCAGUACGGCCGCGGUGAUGUCCAACUUAAACAUUGAUAAUUUGAUGCUCGAAAAUUCUGGACUUGGGUUGGGCAACACAAUGCCGUACAAUAACUCAAAACUUGCCAACGCUUUAUUUUCCAAGGAACUGGGCAAAAGGCUAAAUGGCACUCGGGUGAAAACGUAUUCUGUUUGUCCUGGCCUCGCAAGGAGCAAUAUUUUUCAACAUUAUUCCACUACCGGAAAGAUUUCAAUGGGAUUAGGAAAAUACACAUUCUUUCUGCCUGUAAACAAGGCUGGCGAUAUCAUAUUAUUUUGCGCCUUGGCAAAGGAAUUGUCAAUCAGCUCUGGAAAGAUGUAUCGCUUUGGGCGACAGUUUUCGUCGAUCGAACCUUUGUUGACAGAUCAUUUGGCCACAGCAUUGUGGGAAAAAAGCGAACAACUUGUUGGUAUCCAAUAAGAUUAUAAACACAGAAUGUUCGACAUAAUAACAUUGGUAUUAAAUUAUUGCACAUUCAAUGCACACUUAAUAAUGUGAUAAUCAUUUCUCAUCAUUCAAGUUAUUACUUUUUUAUAAGCUAAUAAAAAAUAUGGUACAUAUAGACAUUACUGCAUUAAUUUUGUUGUUAAAUAAUAAGCAAUUUCUCAUUCUAACAAUAAACACAAAUUAUACGAA